AAGAUCGUCCUCACCGGCACCACCGGCGGCCUCGGCUCCCGCGUCCUCCACCACCUCCUCCCCCUCGUCCCCCCCUCCUCCCUCACGCUCUCCCUCUCGCGCCCGCCCGCCUCCCCCACCCACCCGUCCGGCUGCCCGCUCGUGCACGGCGACUUCUCCCAGCCUUCCACCCUCGACCGCGCCUUCUCCGGCGCCGCCCGCCUCCUCCUCGUCUCCUCCCCCGGCAUCGCGCACCACACGGCCGCGAUCGACGCCGCCAAGCGGGCCGGCGUCGCGCACGUCUUCUACACCAGCCUCGCCUUCGCCGGCGGGAGGGACAAGACCGAGAGCGCGACGGCGGUGAUGCAAGCCCACCUCGACACCGAGGCCUACCUCAAAGCGAGCGGGCUGACCUACACCGUCGUCCGCGAGGGCCUCUACUGCGAAUCCUGGCCGCUCUACCUCGGGUUCUGGCAGCCGAGCAACGCGUCCGACGAGAUCGUCGUGCCCGGCGACGGCGGGAUCGCCUGGAUCGCGCGGGACGACCUCGGCGCGGCGACCGCGAAGCUCAUCGCAGAGGGCUCGCACGAGAACGAAACCGUGCUCCUCACCGGCCAACGCGCGCUCACCCUCGCGCAGCUCACGCCCGUCCUCGCCUCGCUCCUCUCCCGCCCGCGCCUCCGUCUCUCCGUCGCGUCCGCGGACGAGUACGUGGCGCGGAACGUGGAUCCCGCGGACGCGCGCCGGACGGACGGGUUUUUGAGGGCGUGGGCGAGGACGUACGAAGGGCUGGAGCGCGGCGAGGCCGCCGUCGUCGACCCGCUCGUCGUGGAGCUGUUGGGGAGGGAGCCGAGGAGCAUGGAGGCGUAUCUGAGGGAGACGCUGCUCGAG